AUGUCAUUCACCAUCACCACCUCUGUCCACGACGACUUCACCCUCAUCGAAGACAACAACCCGGACAAAAUUUACGAGCAGUUCGAUCAAUUGCGCAGUAAAUGCCCAGUCGCACAUACCUCCCAAACUGGGGGCUUUUGGCUUCUGACACGCUAUGACGACGUGAAGCGUGCCGCGUCCGACACGGAUACUUUUAUCUCGUCUGUGAAAGCAGUCAUUCCAAGCGACCCACGAGGCAUUCGCCGUCCACCGCUUAAUACAGAUCCACCAGCUCACACACCUUAUCGUACAGCGCUUGAUCGGACGCUCAAACCUGCGCGGUUGAAGCGACUUGCUCCGAUACUUGAGAGACACGCGCAGCGAGAGUUUGACGCUCUUCUGAAGGCAAAAAAUGUGGACGAUCAAGACGACGGCAAUGAGUCCCAGACUUGUCAAAUCGAUAUCUCUGCCCAGUUUGGUGCGUCCUUUGCCGCAUGGGUCGAGGUGGCGUGGUUGAACCUCGAGGAUGAGAUUGCACCUGUUCUGGCGAGCACGGCGGCCAAAUGGGUCAAUGCGUGGCGUCAGCAGAACGCCGCAGAGACAAGCGCACACUCUGCGCAGCUGUAUGAUCUAGCAAGGGAGUUGUUUGCUAACCGGAAGAAGUCAAACCGGGAUCCAGAGAUGGAUCCAGCGUCCUCACUAUUACUCGAAGUCGGACCAGAUGGGCGGCCGUUGGAUGACGAGCUUCUUAUUGGUGCUCUUCGCCAGUCGCUUGUAGUCGGCAUGGUUGCCCCUCCAAUUCUACUGGGCGAUAUCUGCGCUCAUCUCUCCCGAGACCGAGGACUACAAGCCCAGCUUCGAGCCGAUCCAGCCCUCAUACCUGCUGCUGUAGAAGAAUUCAUACGCCUCUACGUGCCAUAUCGGGGAUUCUGUCGUACUCCAAAACACGAUAUUGAUCUUCAUGGCCGUACGAUACCAGCAGGGCAGCCAGUGACCAUGACAUAUGCAGCUGCAAAUCGUGACCCGGAAGUGUUUGAAAAUCCUAACUCAUUCAUCCUCAACCGGGAGAAUAUUAGCUCGCAUCUUGGAUUUGGAAGGGGGAGACAUCGUUGUGCGGGGAUGCCUCUUGCAAGAAUGGCUCUACAGAUCGCGCUUCGAGUAAUAUUACAACGGACGGACGACUUUGAAGUCAAUGGGACCCUUGAAUAUGCGGCCAUGCCGGAGAUGGGAAUCACAAGUUGUCCGUUGCGUGCAGUGCCAGCACGCUCUCGUUGA